AACAACACUAACAAAUUCUUUCACACAACCCAAUCUUUUCAACCGAGCCAUGAAUUCUCAUCCACUCCACAAAAUUCAACUUGAACCCUUUUUCUUAUAUUCCAAUCAAACACUAAACGCCAAAAAACCAUCUCGUUAAAACCAAGUCUCUCCCCCAAAACAAAACCCAAAACCCAACGCAACGGCAAAGAUACUAUCUAUAUAAACAUCGUAUACUCCUAACUCCACCUAAUAAUACACGUUUGUUACAUAGUAAAUAGUACUAGUUCGAUACAUAGUUACAUACACCUAUAUAUAUAUAUAUAGUUAAUAACCUUUGUUGAUUAAUUUCUUCAUACCAAAGAUAUCUAUCUAUCUAUCUAUCUAUCUAUCUAUCUAUCAUGGGUUCUUCUAGAGGUGAUUCAGCAUCAUGGUAUUGUGCAAUAGCGUUAUUGGGUAUGAUAUUAUUGGGAUCAAUAAGGGAAAGUACUGUGGCUGAAGCUGAAGGUGAAUCGUCGGAAGUACGAGGGAACCAGUUUGGUCAUGAUAACAAAGUGUGUGAUGAGAUAUAUGUUGUGGGAGAAGGAGAAACACUACAUACUAUAAGUGAAAAGUGUGGUGACCCGUAUAUUGUGGAGAGGAAUCCACAUAUUCAUGACCCGGAUGAUGUUUUUCCCGGGCUUGUUAUUAGAAUCAUCACGCCGACCAAUACUAGGAAGUUUUUGAAAAGAUGAACAACGUUUGAAAUUAGUCUAGUAAGUUGUCUUUGUCUUUGUUGUUUGAUUGUAUACAGAUUUUCUAAAGAUAUAGAAGAAGAAAAAAAAUUUGUUUGAUCAUGUUCAUGUUCAUGAUGAUUCAUGUAUAUCUGAAUUUUUUGUAUUUUGAGAAUUUGUAUUUUUGUGUAAAUUAUUGUUAUUGAUUAACAAAGAGAUAUACGUCUUGGACUUUUUA